GUAUUUACAUUUCCUUAUGCAUUUCUGCCUCAUUAAGCAAAUAAGGUGGUAAUGCUGUGCAGGAGAGAGCUGAGCGAAGAAGGACCGCCCAGCUUAUUUGCAAAUUUUAGAUUAAUGUCUGGAAGACCGACUGAGACUGGUGGAGACCAUCAAAACAAAUGAGUCAUCCAUCUCUCCACAAAAGACUAAAAACAAACCGGUUGACCUGGACCAUUAAACAGCAGCAGCUGGAGCUGCAGGAACUCACAGCGCGGCAGGAUGACGGUAGGAGCGACGCUCGGCAGCCGGGUGACGGUGACAGAAGUCGGGGAGUUUCUGAAAAGCCCUCCGGACGGUUUCUGCGUGGAGCGGCUCGGCUCGUCCGGUUACCGCGUUCAGAACGACGAGGACAAAAACCUGGUUCUCAUAGACGACUUCCAGUCCAGCAGCGGGAGGAUAGUUUUCCAUAACUCACUGGGGAGAAAAGUGAAAAUGCAGAAUUUAUGGGAGUACAGCCGCGUGAGGAAGAGUCUGCUGUCCAAGAGGAUUUACCUCACAGUGAGCAACAAGAAGGAACUAAACCAUCUCAAAGCUGUCCAGAGGCAGUACGUGGUGUCAGUCGAUGGUGGGGACCCUUUCAUCCGGUGGCAGCUGGAGAGGGGUCUGGACUGGACCAUCUCCUCCGUGGCCGGGGAGAGCUACAGGGUGGACGUGGACCUGACUGAAGCUCUGGAGAGCUUGGUCGUCCCAGAGGAGCCGAAGCAGAAACCAGUGUGGAGGGACGCCUCCUUCACCCUCAAAUAUUACUCUGACGCCCUCUUUGACUUCCCACACUGGUUUGGCUUCAGCAAAAGAACAUUUAAGCUGAGGCUGAUGAAAAACAGCUGUGGAUGAAAACCAAAAAGAAGAGUUCGUCUUCAACGUUUUCUCAUCAGUACACGAACCAGUUGAAGCGUCAAGCAAUUUAGCUGCAAAAAAAAAAAAAAAAA